AUGACAACUGAAGAGGCAUUGGUUUGUCUAUCCGAAUAUGGAAAGUCGUAUACGUGUCUAAGCAGUUGUAGAGACGAAUAUUAUGACCGCUUACAGUUCCGGAUUCGGAAACGUAAUUCAGAAUAUUCGCAUCACCCGUUUUUGUGGGACGAUUUGGAAUGUUUUAGCUCUUCAACAUCAAACCUUAGUGUACAUGAAGACGCCAAGGACAUCAAAAAACAUAUUUCAACCAAAACGCUCUCUGUUUCAGAGGACGGCCACCUAGAUAAUUUAUCAGAAACCUCAGUGUUAGUUGAAGGCCCGCAUGAUGUUACACAGGUAAAGGAAAAUAAUGACGGCGUUUCGAUCACUGAGAGAACAGAUGUCGGUACCCAAACUCAAAAACCCCAAAUAAAGGCAAUAGAACAACCCAAAGCUUUUGUACCUUACGCUAUCGGAAGUUCUCCUGGUCCUACGUUGGGGGCUAGAAAAACUUUCAACGUUAAGUCAGACCGAGAUGUUUAUCCUUCUGCUAUACGUGCUGAGGCUCGCCGUAAAGAAAGGCUGAAUAGUUUUACGCAUACGCAUACCGUAAACUCCAAAGUGUCAUCUAAAAUAUGUGGGCCAAAACAGUGUAUUGUGAAAAGUAAGGCAAUUGAACUAAGUAAAACUGAAAAACCCGUUCCUACCAUCCACAAGUCAACAAGAGUUAGCAGUGUGCCGCAACUAUCUGGGUUGGGUGCUUCACAUUAUCGCUCAAACAACAAUAUCAACUGGGAGCCAAAAAACUUGUGGAUUUCGGAAUAUGUUCAGAAAUACCCGUCUUAUCCAUCUUCAGUAUAUGUUCGCAGCGCAUCUGUUGCUGCUGGUCGUUCUCGUCCACUUUGCUUCUCAUACAGUCGACCAUCAUCCUCCCUUCUGGGGAGUUUAGUUCCAUCUACACCAGUACUGUUAAGCUGUCGUGGAUCGAACUCUACUAUGAGAAGUCGUCGUGAAACCCAUUGUGAUAUUUGUUCUACAUCAAAUCUCAAUGAAAAAUGCAACCGUCCAAUUCUUAGCGUUUACUAA